UGCAGGUUGUCAGCGAUACCCUGGCCGAUUGUUUUAUUUGAGAAUUAUUGGCCUGGGCCCGGAGACUAUGGCAGAUCAGUCGGAUAAGGGCAAUUAUUCUAUGUCCAUUUCAAACAGUUCAAAUAACAGAUCCAGCAGCAGCAGUAUCAGCAUAUCUUGCAGUUCAAGCAGUGACACAGUGGAUGAUUGUCCCUCAAGUUCAGGGUGCAGCUUUGACAUGUUGCAACGAAAAACCAAACGUAAGGACAAGGUGAAGGGGUUUCUGAAGGAGUUAAAGACAAUGGUGAACCUGGAAAAACCCAAAGGGAGCCGUGCAGGAACCCUUUCAACCCUGGAACAUGUCGUCAAUAGCAUGCGGAAAAUCAAAGCUCAACAAAUGGAAAGUGAUAAAGACAGUCGAAGUCAGCAAAGUCGAGAUGACUUGGAAUCUGGUUUUCAAAGUUUUACCACGGCUUCAGAAGAAGGCACAGCACAAAAUACAGAUGAAGAUGUACUGGUGCUUGUUUUGUCGCCCUGGACUGGAAUGGUGGAGAACAUCUCGCAGAAUGUAAAACAUUUGCUGGGCUAUCCUGCAGAAAUGAUGUUGGGCCAGCCCUUGGCAGAGUUCAUUGGUGUACAGGAUCAUUCAACUUUAACUAAACUUCUUUCAUUUGAUGUGUCAGAAAUAGAUAAAUUGGAGAACGCACCUGUAGAUCCUAUGUCUGCUGAAGAUGCUAAAAAGAUGUACUUCUCUUUAAGAACAUACAAAGGCCUUGACAAGGGUUUCAACAUGGGGGCAUGCAAUAGAUUUAUCCCGUUUGAAGUGAAAGUGUUAGUGAAAAGUCUACGAGAAGGUGAAAGCCCAGAUACUGUGAGCAUGGGGCCAGGUCCCACCCCCACCCCCAUACAGCCAGGCCUGAUCUCACACGGAAAGAGAACCUGUAUUGUGCUCAGGUGCAAUGUACUGGAGACAAGCUACAGAGGUCCCCAGUGCACUCCGGAGAACAGAACUUUCACUACAAAACACAACACACAGUUUGUCUACUCUACUUUGCAUCGAAACGCUAUCACCCUGUUGGGUUAUCUACCACAAGAAUUCAUUGGAUCUUCUGUGUUUGAUCAUUACCACCCUGAUGACUUGCCAGAACUCUACCAUAUCUACCACACAGUUGUGUGUAAUGAAGAGAAACCAUACAAAAGCAAACCAUUUCGAUUACGUGUGAAGAAUGGCGACUUUAUUGUGGUGGAGACAGAGUGGUCAGCAAUGAUAAACAAGUGGUCAAGAGAAAUUGAGUUUGUCGUUGGCCAGCAUACAAUUAUCAGAGGUCCGAAUAAUCCAAAUGUUUUCGAAUGCAGUCCUUCACAGGCUAAAGUGGAAACAAAUUCCACGAAUAAGUUCAUUCUGCAGGAGAAAAUCAGGAAACUUCUUACGAAGGGCUCAGAGAGUAGCAGUGGCGAAAACUUGUUUUCGGUUCCAAAAGCAAGAGGGAAAAAGAAAGAAAAGCCAGAGAAAAGCAUUCCCUUUGCUGUGGAGAAAAUUCCAGAAACUGCGAAAGACUUUCAGACGCUGAUUCCGCUAUAUAUUAUGAUCGAAAAUGAAAGGCGAGCACAGAGCCCGUCUGUAUCAGACCCGUUGUCUCCACCUCAAGAUGUUUACGAUGUUAAUCCGUCCAUGACAUAUGAACAUCUCAAUUACAAGACAAACAUUCGAAGGUUUUUGCUGAGCCAGCCAAAGACAUAUUCAUCAGUGGAAUCCGCUGAAAAGAAGUCCUUGUCCUGUUUAGAAGAAGAUGAUGUGUCAGACGAGUAUAUUCAAGCAACCUUGGUUGACUUUGCCAUCCCUAAACCUCCUAGUUUUGGCAGCAGCACAAAGGUCUUGGUAUCAGAACAAGAACCAAGAGAGGAAAUCAAAGAAGAUAUUAUCAUUGCAAGCCCCGUACGAGAAGAGCCCAUGGAAGACGAAAUAGCAGCUCCCAAGGAUCAGGCUGAGGCUUAUCUACCAGUAACUCUGACCCAGGAGACUCUGCGAGCACACACCAAAAUGCAAGAGAAGUUGUACGUGCAGCAGGCCACACAGGAGAUGCAAUUUUCUCCUACAUGUACAUUUGGGCAGACAAUUGGAAAGGGCUCUAACAGACUGAAGCGGGUGCAUUCUCCGGAACGUGAUGUUCUUAGUGACCAUCUUUACCGCAUGGCGAAGUCCUAUCGCACAGACAACAUGGAGAAGAGAUCAAAGGACGUUCUUAAGCCUUUUUUCCCAUUGACUCCUAUGGAGAAACUGUCGAGCCCAAAGGAUCAAGUGCAACCCUUUUCCUGUUGGACGUCCUACGAUCCCACCACAACUCACCCCAGCAAUUUCCCCACCAACCUAACCAGUGCUUACUCACAGGGUAUUCCACUCGUGCAGAUGUCAGUGGCUCCUAACGGCUCCUACUCCAUUCCCACAACCUCAUCCCAUAGCUCCAUACAGUGGCCUUACUACUCAGCCAAUGCUGCUGCAGCUUACCCCUUCUUGCCCCUCUACACACCGAUGACACUGUUGAAGUCCUACAGUAAUGCAGUGUAUACACAGGCAAGCACCACAGGACGCUCCAAGCGGUCACAGCAUCUGAACCGAAUUGCUGAGACCCUGUCUUCAUCCAGCUUGUCUUCACAGGCCAACAAUGAACGCAAGAAACCUUUAUGUGCACGUAAAGCAAAUCCGGGUCAAGGGAACCAGGCAAAUGGCCUUGUUUGGUCUGAGAGCUCUGACUCCUUGGAAGACACCACCUCAUCGUUGUUGUAUUUGCUUGAGUCUGACAGCCACAACAACAGCUCCUGUUUAGAGGAAAUGGAAUUGAUUGCACCAAAGUUUCAGCAUCAUCUGCCAAAGAUGCCCCCAUGGCUACAGCGUACCAAAUGGACAAAGGAAACAGAGUUACAGUAUGUUCUACCCAAGAGGAGUACAUUGCGCAUUCUGAAAGAAGACCGAGAGAGAUUGUCAGCAAUGACCCAUUCUGAUCAGCCUUACCACCAACUGCAGGAGUUAUUGGAGGAACUGAACAAAGUUAACUGCCAUCCUACAAUUGAUGAGGAAGCAGAUGCACUGAUUUUCCCACACCAGGAUAUGGACACAAUAACUCAAGCUGAUGAUGGCUUUUCCUUGAUUUCUUUGGAUGACCCAAAUGCCUGUGGCUGUGAUCAUGAUCACGAUCAUGGAUUGAAAAGCAUCACCCGCUGCAAGAAAGGUAAGCUGAAAGCCAAGCAAGAAUCUUGCCAGGACUCCAAAGAGAGUGGUGACUCAGACACCACACUGUUGAUGAAGGAUGACAAAAAGCAGCAGGAUUCACCCGGUAGUGCCUCAGGAAAUGAGGCUGUCAGCUCAGGCAAGCUGAGUGACACAGCGGAUGUGGACUCUACCUCGUCGAAGGAGUCCAGCAACCUGACUCCAAGCGACCAGCGAAGUAAUGAAGAGGCACCAAGUUCUUUGAAGGAAUCGGAUACUAUGUCCAAAGAGGAGUCGGAUACCUCUUGCAGGGAUCAGAAAGAUACAGAGUCAGACAAGGAAUCAAGAAGCAUUCCCCAGAUAGAUUUUUCAGAGAAAAUUCUGACGCCACUGAAGAUUAGGGUGCCUAAGAUUUGUCAGUUCAGCAAAAUGAAAAAGUUGUCAAGCUGGAUGACAGAAACAACGUUCAAUGAAAACAUCGAGAAAAAAUACCAGUUAAAAAUCAAGUCAAAAGAGGAGGUGUUGGAGGAGGAUUGGAAGCGAUCUCUUGAAAUGGCCCAAUCAGAUGUGGUAAAGGCUCAGUUUUAUGCCUGUCAAGAGGAGAUUAAAGAGAAACAGUUUGCGAAAACAAGAACUGAGCAGCUAAGAAAUGUGAUUAUUACAGAACUGAUGGGAUCAAUGAUGACUCCACAGGAGACAACUCCUGACGCAGCACAAAGUGAAGUGGUCUUGACACAGGGUCCAGAAGCCUCAGCAGGCAGAAACAGUUCUGAAAAUGUGACACAGGAAGGUGACAAUAGCUGUCCAGAAAAUGAUAGCAUGGAGGGAGAGUGUUCUCGAGAAGCAACAUGUAGCUCUCAACAGAUUGUGGAAAAGGAACAUUCCCAUUCGGGAACAGAGAGUGGUAAGACUGAAAAUGUUGGUGAAGACAUGCUUUGUGAAGAGCAGGUAUCUGAUGUGCUUUCUGAAAGCUUGACAUUAGGUGGACAGGCUGGUGAUGAUGAGUCCAGAUUUUCAUUCGAGGGGCUCUUCUCCUCUGUGGGUGAUCAUGGAAUGGAGAUGGACACCCUGGGAGAUGAAUAGAAUCAGGGCUUAUUGUGUUCUGGUGAAAUUCAGAUCUCCGACACCAUUAUGAUGAAUGAUUACACUUUCUACAAGUUUAUGGAUUGCCUUAUGUAGUAGCUGUGUAAGUUGAGUACAGUAUCUGCGUCUUGAUUUAAUCAUCACUGUGUGUGCGUAACGGUCACUUUGUGGAUAAUGGUCACUACAUCUGGAUAAGUCACUGUGUGGAUUACAGUUGUGUGUCUGGAUAACAGUUACAGUGUCUGGACAUCUGUCGAUGUGUCUGGAUAACAGUUACUGUGUCUGGACAUUGGUUGCUGUGUCUGGAUAACAGUUACAGUGUCUGGACAUCUGUCGAUGUGUCUGGAUGUUGGCCACUGUGUCUGGAUAACAGCCCCUUUGUCUGGAUAUCGGCUACUGUGUGUGGGUAACAGUUGCUGCAUCUGGAUAACAGUCCCUGUGUCUGGAUAUCGGCCGAUGUGUGUGGGUAACAGUUGCUGCAUCUGGAUAACAGUCCCUGUGUCUGGAUAUCGGCUGGUGUGUGUGGGUAACAGUUGCUGCGUCUGGAUAACACUCCCUGUGUCUGGACAUCGGUCGCUGUGUCUGGAUAUCGGCCACUGUGUUCGGAUAACAGUUGCUGCGUCUGGAUAACAGCCCCUGUGUCUGGAUAUUGGCCACUGUGUGUGGGUAACAGUUGCUGUGUCUGGAUAACAGUCCCUGUGUCUGGAUAUCGGCCACUGUGUGUGGGUAACAGUUGCUGUGUCUGGAUAACAGUCCCUGUGUCUGGAUAUCGGCCACUGUGUGUGGGUAACAGUUGCUGCGUCUGGAUAACAGUUGCUGCGUCUAGAGAACAGUCCCUGUGUCUGGAUAUUGGCCACUGUGUGUGGGUAACAGUUGCAAUCACCCUAUUGCAGGAAUGGAAAUGAUGUGUCUGUGUUACAUGUACAUGUUGUGUUAUGACAUAACAGCGAUCAAAUAAGUACAUUACAGUUCCUGUGUGUGUGUGGAUUAUGAUUACGGAGUCUGUGGAUGACUAUUGGUGAGUCUGUGGAUUACGAUUGUUGAGUCCGUG